CCCUAGUCGAUGGCUAUCGACUAUAUCGAUUGUAGUCCACCUCUAUUGUGAGUUGUAGACAAAUUUUGUUGACAAAAAACCGCCAUGAAUCCAUUGGAUAAAAUACAUGCUCUAGACGAGAUAGAGAAAGAAAUCAUUCUCUGCAUGCAGAGUGCGGGGCAAGCUCUGCAGGAACUUGGCAAAGAGAAGUCGUCGCAAAAGAAUGCCGAAACGCAGUCGCAGCAAUUUCUCAAGAGUUUGUCCAGUGUCGAAUCGAAACUUUCGGAACAAAUAAACUACCUUACACAAGUGUCCACCGGACAGCCUCACGAGGGCUCUGGCUACGCUUCAGCCAAGGUGCUUCAAAUGGCCUGGCACCGCAUCCAGCACGCCCGUUCGCGAGUCCGUGAGCUGGAGGAGACGAAGGCCAAGCAUUCGCACGCCGCAAGGCAACAGCAGAAGCGGCAGCAAGAACAUGCCGCCGCCCAGCAGCAACAGCAGCAGGCUGCAGCAGCCGUUGCCCAGCAGCAGCAACAACAGCAACAGGCAGGUGGCGGAGUGGGUGUCUCAUCGGGUGGCGACUCUAGUGGAGUUGGUGGCGAUGCAUCGGCUGGAAUGUCCACUAACUGAACAUACAUGAACAAUUCUAGGAUAAAGUGGGAAUGCAAGUACUCCAAGGCUAGUUGGGAGGACCAGAAACCAGAUCGGGCAUUUCUCUGAUUUCACUCAUAAGGAGUAUAAUUAUAUUAAGUAAGUGUGUUACACACACAUCAACUCUGAGCAUUUUAUUGAAUACAAUUUAGAAAUUAGAAAAAUGUGUAAAUGCUGCUGCGCGUGUCCGCUUUCAGUUUCAAUGAAGAAGUUCGCCAUAUGGAAUGUGAUUUUUGGCCUACUCUCGAUAAACUGGUCAUAUAGAAUAAUGUCGACGUCAGGCGAACAUUUUUUUAAGGCUGGAUGUGUGCACAUGGUUGGCUCGGUUUUGCUGAUCAUUUCGGGAAUAUUGAUCCGCGUUGGCAU